AUAAUUUAUUACUAAAUAAAAACAAAUCUGGUUCAAAAACAUCUUUAUCUGAAAAUGUUCAAACACCAUCAUCUUCUUCAGAGCUGCAAGCGCCACAUAAUUUAAAUAAUAGCAUCAAAUCAGAUCCACUUCAACCAUCAUCAUCAGGUCUAUCAAAAAUGAUAAAUGAAUCAAAACUAUCAUUACAACAAAGUCAAAUUAAAACAACAACAACUACAGCAAGCAUUAAUAGCACAUGUCACUCUUCUGAUCAUUCAUCAAAAAUCGUUUACCCACAUAUCCAUGUAGCUGCCAUUGACAAUGGAUUGGCAUUCCCAUUUAAACAUCCUGAUCAAUGGCGUUCCUACCCGUACGGUUGGUCAUUUCUUUCAGAGUCUCUUGUAGGGGCUCCCUUCACUGAAAACACUCGUAAACAUUUUCUUUCACUACUGACUGAUAGCAAAUGGUGGAAGGAUACAAUAAGUGAAUUACAUCAAUUUUUUUCUUUGGAUGCUGAUUUUGAUGAUGGGAUGUUUUCUAAACAGGUAGCAGUACUAAAAGGUCAAGGUUAUAAUAUUGUGGAAAUACUUAAACAACCUGAUAAAAGUCCUUUGGAUCUUUGCGCAUCUCAGAAUCUAAUGGUAUGGGAUAUGAUCGAGUCUAUUGAAGUUCCAGAAGAACCUGAUAAUAUGGAAGGUGACAAUGACAACCACCAGUCAGAUAAUAUCAAGAUUGACAAUGGUGGUAGAAAUUCAUUACAAAAUGUUGAUUAUGGUGAGGCAUCUGGUAUAGGUGGAUCAGUUGGAACCAAGUAUCCAAAUCUACCUCCAAGAAGGAGUGUUUCGGAAUAUAGUUCUCCACGACCUUCAUUGUCUGUUAGUGCACCAGCUGCUUCAGUACUUUCUGGUGAUUCUGCAAGAAAAAAUACAUGGGUUGACAGAUUUAAUCGUGUAAAAAAUAAAUUUGCUUUUGAUACAAUUGGAAAAAAUAGAGAUACUGAAGAAAAAAGAACAAAACUUGUUGUCAGUGAAAAGAUAGAGCCG